GGUGGGCCAGUCCAAGCUCAUGCCCUGCGCCUCCCUGGAGGCUGCCAAGAAGGACUUUGAGAAGAAGUUUCGGGAGAAGACCAAGAACAGCUGGGCCUCAAAGGAAAACUUCGUUGCCCAGCCAGGGAAGUACACACUCAUCGAGGUGCAGCCAGGGGAUGGGCAGGAGCUGGAGGUUACCCUCAAGGUGGAUGAUGUGGAUGGGAAUAAGGUCUGCAAGCAGCGGGUGCUGCCCUGCACCUUGGACAAGGACACACAGGAGCUGGUGUCCCUCAUCUUCAGCAGUGACAUGUUCCGGGAUGCCAUGCAGACCAUGAAUAUCGAUGUGAAGAAGAUGCCGCUGGGGAAGCUGAGCAAGCAGCAGAUCGCGAGGGGCUUUGAGGCACUGGAGGAGCUGGAGGCAGCGCUGCAGGAGCAGCCCCCCGAUGCCUCUCGCCUGGAGGAGCUCUCCUCCCGCUUCUACACCAUCGUCCCCCACAACUUUCGGCGGAAACAGCCACCCCCCAUCAACUCCCUUGAUCUGCUCCGUGCCAAGAAGGACAUGCUGUUGGUGCUGGCCGACAUUGAGUUGGCACAGAGCCUGCAGGCACAGAAAGUGAAGGAGGAGGAGAAAGAAGUCCCGCAUCCGCUGGAUCAGGAUUAUGCCCUGCUCUGCUGCCAGCUUUCCCUGCUGGACUCAGCUUCCCGGGAAUAUCAGCUGAUCCAAAACUACGUGACACAGACUGGGCACAACCUCCACAUCCUCAACAUCUGGCAGGUGGCCCGAGCUGGUGAGGAUGAGCGCUUCAAAGCCCACGACCUCCUGGAGCACCGGCGCCUGCUUUGGCACGGCACCAACGUGGCGGUGGUGGCGGCCAUCCUGAAGAGCGGGCUGCGCAUCUUGCCACACUCAGGAGGGCGUGUGGGCAAGGGCAUCUACUUUGCCUCUGAGAACAGCAAAUCAGCCUGCUAUGUGGGUUGCACAUCCAAGAAUGUUGGCAUCAUGUUCCUGACGGAGGUGGCCCUGGGCAAGCCCUACCGCAUCACCAGUGAUGACCCCUCCCUGUGUCAGCCACCUGCUGGCUAUGACAGUGUCCUGGCCUGUGGCCAGACAGAGCCAGACCCUGCACAGGAUGAGGAGGUGCUGCUGGAUGGCAAGAAGGUGCUGGUGUGCCAAGGCAAGCCCAUCCCCAUACCUGCCUACAAGAACUCCUCCUUCAGCCAGAGCGAGUACCUCAUCUACCAGGAAAGCCAGUGCCGGAUCCGCUACCUAGUCCAGCUCCGCUUCUGAGGGUGCCCAGGAAUCCUGUGGCCCUGGCCCAGCACCAGCUGGUGAUGCCCACCAGCCCAGAGGAUAGUGAUCUGUACUCUGGCCACCUCACCUGGGGCUUGGCAAGGAACAGGCUGGUGUGGGGACAGAGGUUGCUUUGAGGUGAAUAAAAGCACCAU